AUGUUGCCCCGAAGCAAUAGCAGCAGCGUCAAUAACGGACUCCGCACGCGAACGGGGGGCAAUCGCAAUCGACCCAACAAUCCCCCCGCUCAGCCUUUCUAUCCUAAACUUAUAUUUGCCCAGAUCGUUUCGCUCCAAUGCUUUCACUACUUUCUGCUAGCGUUUUUCUUUCAAGUCAACCACGUUCUUUAUGGCACUACGGUUACGAUUGAUCGUAUUUUCACCGACCGCUACUUGCGGUUGUGGCAGUCGGAGCGAUCGGGAUGGGCCGAUGCCAUUGCAUUAUUUUUGGCGUCUCUGGUAGGAUCCGUCCUGCUGGCGGUUAUUGUGGAAAAGAGUAAAAAAUGCCUUGAUUUUGGAGUGACACUUUUUCUUCUUCAUUUGCUACUCUGCUCAUUGUACGAUGGCUUCCCUACAAUCUUGGAUUGGUGGGUCAUGCAUGUGCUCGGUACAAUUGUCAUGGUUCUUUUGGGGGAAUAUCUGUGUAGUCGCCGGGAACUGGACGAUAUCCCAAUUCUACAGAUUUGA